UUAGUGUGGGCAACACUUACCAGAAUAAAUGUAAUUUUUUUAAACUGUCAAAUAACUUCUUGUUUUAAAUGAUAUUCAGUAUGAAAUGAGUUGACAAUAUGAGCACAUUUCAGAAUUCAGUGAAGGGUGCUUGAGUGGGCUUUGGGGGCAUAUAAGACGGGCAAAUAAUGCUGUUCUAAAUAUAACUCAGCUGAUUUAAAACCACACAAAUCCAAUGAAAUAUGUGCUGCUCUGGUGUCAUUAGAAAGGAUGCGCUUGAAUUGAAAUGUCCAGUGAGGUUUCUCUGAGGUCUCCAUCAUCCGGUCCAGCGUCAUACAGAAAGAGAUGACGAAGUCCCUGCGGAGGUGUGGGUGGGGGGACGAGAGGGGCGAGGGGAGAUAAAGAGAAAGAGAGAUGGAGAAAGAAAGAGAACGACAGGGACAGACCUCAGACCUGAUUUCAGAAGUUACCAAAGACUCCAGACUCUGAGACCGGAGGACAAGAACAGCAGAGACGUGAAAUCAUCUCAGGGCCAUACGAAAUCCUCCAGAAGCUCCACAGGACAGAACAGAGAUCAGUAGGGAGAAUUAGAAAGACGUUCAAGCUCUUAGCGUUCAGUGGUGUGUGUUUUGUCCCGCUGCUGCCAUGAGCAGGGUGUUGAUUCUGUCGGUGCUCCUGCUGUCCCUGAGCUGGUGCAGAUGUGCCGUCAUCACAGGGGCAUGUGACAGGGAUGUGCAGUGUGGAGUUGGUCUGUGCUGUGCUGUGAGUCUGUGGCUCAGGGGUCUCCGGAUGUGCACACCACAGGGGCUGGAAGGAGACGAAUGCCACCCGUACAGCCACAAGGUUCCUUUCCCUGGUAAGAGACAACAUCACACUUGCCCCUGCCUUCCACAUCUGGUCUGCACCAGGUACAACGACAACAGAUAUCGCUGUACCAGUGACUUCAAAAACAUAGACUUUUAACACUGGAAACAUGUGAGAAAGAGACAGAUGAAGGUGCUGAAUACUUGAAAAGGAACAGCAGAAGAAGAUUCAUAACAAGUGCCAUAACAACUUUCUGGUCAGCUUCAUUUUUCACUCUCAUGCACUUUUGCACUACAAAAAUAAUACAUUAUCCAUCAUGGCACAAGGUCUGCCUCAGAAUCUCUGGUUUACCUUGGCAUCCACCACACUUGAUAGUAAAAAAGUUUCAUCACCUUUACAUGAGAACACAUGCAGACAGACAUCUUGUAAGGAAUGUGCUUAGGCGUGAAUUUUCUUCAGUAUGCUUUGAAUUUGUUGAAAGCUUUAUUAUGGUAAUUAAAAUUUUAUCAGUCUGAAUGGUCUUUGUGUUUUUCUCUUUUUUCUUAUAUAUAUAUCAUUGAUACUAUAUUUAACCAGUAAAGACAGCAAAAUAAUUGUAGAAAUUGCAUAAAAUGUUGUAAUAUUGUAAAAUUACAAAUUGAUUUUGCUAAUUUCUAUACAAAACAUUAAAAUAACAUAGUAAAAUAUUGAAAAUAAAAUUAAUGAUCAUGGUUUACCAUGCAUUAGGGUGUCAACACAACUGUUCAAACAAGCUUUAAUAAUCACAGUUUGAUUUUGAGAAUGGUGAUCAAUAUUCAAUUCGCAGGCUAUCUAAAACAUAUUUUACUUGAUGAAAACAACAGUCACAGUCAUUUUCUAUUUAAAGAUUUAUGAAGAAAAGAUGACUGCCCUUUUUUAAUUUCACUUCUGUUUAACAGUCCCUAACACUUCUGUAUGACCGGUGCAAUCAGAGUUUCAGUUCAGA